CUAGAGAGAGAAUAGUUUGGGCAUGGAUUAGGCAAUAAAACUGUAGAGAGAGAAUAGGUCUGGCAAGAAACUCUUUAGAGAGAAACCCUUUGGGCAAAGGCAAAACUCUGUAGAGCAUGUGUGUUUUAACCCAACCCUAGGUACGAACCCUUGGUUAACUUAACCCGAGCAAAGGCAGCGGGGGGGAACCGGGCUCUCCUCUCUCGCGGAUCCAUCACCAUCUGCAAAUCCCAUCUCCUUCUCUUUCACCUCUUUCUCUAUCCUCGCCUCGUCCUCUCUCUCUCUCUCUCUCAUCUGUUGCUCUCUCAAAAAACCCUAAAAACCAUAAAAGCACCUUCGCUGCCAUGUGCACUCCUCCCUCCAAGGAUUCCCUUCUCAUAAAUGAAUCACUCAUGAGUCGGAAACCCUAGAAAUGGAAUGAUCUCAUGCUUUCAUGGAAACCCUAAUGAAAAAUCUUUCAGAGGUCUCAUAUACCUGCAAAACUAGUACAGGGUUCCAAAAAAAUGGUGGUUUUUUCACAUUAUGGCGGAAAAGCGUGUUUUUGCUAGUCUAUGGUGGAGGAUGAGCACUUGGCUGGCAUGAUCAUAGAUUGGUUCUGGAACUUUCAAUGGUUUUUAGGGUUUUUGAGCUGUUUGGGGAGAUGGAAAACUAGGUAUUUUAGGGUUUUUGGAGAAAUGGGUCUUGCAGAUGGUUCGAACGGGAAGCCUGUAAAUUCGAGUGUUGGUUCAAUAGUUUGGGUAAGAAGGAGAAAUGGGUCGUGGUGGCCUGGCCGAAUUCUCGGCCUUAAUGAGUUAUCUGCAACUCAUCUUAUGUCCCCGAGAUCAGGAACCCCUGUAAAACUUUUAGGCCGAGAAGAUGCAAGCGUGGACUGGUACAAUUUGGAGAAAUCUAAGAGGGUCAAGGCAUUUAGGUGUGGGGAGUUUGAUGAUUGUAUUGGAAGAGCUGAAUCGUCUCAGGGAAUGCCUGCUAAGAAACGAGAAAAAUAUGCACGAAGAGAAGAUGCUAUUCUUCAUGCUCUUGAGCUCGAGAAGCAGCUACUUGAAAGGAAUCAGCAGAGUGCUGAGAGAAUUCCUGGUGUGUCGAAAAGAGAGUCAGCGGGCAAUUCUCGUCAAGCAUAUAACUUGGGGAAGGGGGAAAAAGGUUCUUUGCCUGUUAACAAGUUUAAACAGGAUGAUCUGCGUAACUGGGAAGAUGACAAUGCUGAAGCCAUGCCUCGAAUGAGAGGUUUACAAGACUUUGGACUUAAGAUUGCUUCGAAAAAGAGGAAACCUGCUCUUUCCCCAAGUCUAGGGGGAACCCGAAACGCCAAUUUGGCCGAGAAUCAUGUUAGCAGCAGUAAAUCUUCUCCCACCUCCAAAAGAAGGAGAAUAUCAGGAGCUCAGGCAGAAGAAUCUCUUGUCAAGCGAAGGGAUAGACGGCGGCCUCUUGUUCAGGUAUUACAGAGUAGUGCAAAGCUACAAAUGGGGGAAGAUUUGGAAGGUGAUGGAGAUGAUAGGCCAAUUUCAUUGAGGGGGGUGAAAGGGCAGGUAGAGCCCACUUAUUUGCAGUCGAGAUCCUUGGAAGAUGAUCUUGCAUGCUCUAGACUGAUUGAUGAGCAGGACUCUGAUUCUUGUGUAAGAGAUUACUUGAAUCCUGACAUGGAUGAAGAUGCCGCCGUACUUUCAGAUCAUCAUGACACAUAUGCCUUGCCAAGAUCCCGUAAUAAAGAUAAAUGUGUCAGUCAACCUGGGAGGGAUGGGGGACUGGACGACACUGGAAUUUACAUGCCCCACCCAUUUGAUAAUGGUGCAAAUGUUGCUCCUGAUGUAACUGAGUACAAAUGGCAAUGGAAAGGGAAACGAAACCUGCGCAACUUACCAAAGAAGCACAUGGAUGCGCCAGAUGAAAGGGCCACUAUAGAAACAACCGAUAAUUGCAAUGGUUUAAGGCCAUCUAUAGAUGGAUUAUAUGGUACUGUACCUUCGGGACAUGGGUUUUCCCCUAAUGAUGAAAAGGAGCCAAACUACUCUUAUGACCGAGGUGAUACAUUUGAGAAUGAGGAGCAAUUCAGGGACCUUUCCACCUCACUGGAAAGCCUUUCUGAUGAGGACUCCCAAGCGAUUUCCUCACCUAUUCACAAGGGCUCCCGAUUUAGCGUUGACUGGGCUGCUAGGGCAUCAUCAGACAGACGUUCUUGGGAGGAGGCCACUGAGGAUAUUGGCAUUGAAAAUUACAAUUUACCUGGUUUUAAACCGGACCAGCUUUAUGAAACAACCGAUAUGUUGGAGCCCAUGCUUGUCGAGGUGGAUAUAAAGGUUCAAGCAAGCUACCAAGGCGAGAGAGUCCCCCUCGUUUCAUUGAUGAGUAGAUUAAAUGGAAAGGCAAUAGUUGGGCACCCAGUUCAAAUUGAGAUUUUAGAAGAUGGGUCCUCUGAACAUGAUAGAAACGAAGGUAGGGCUCUCCCCCCAGUUUGGCGGACAGGAAGGAGAACAGCCAUGCACAGGGUCCCACGGCCUCAAGUGCGAGCCCUAUCUCCAUUGAAGAAGGCUUCGUCGAGCCAAUUUAAGAUGAGGUUCAUGAAAAGAAGCCUCUCUAAUAUGUGCCGGUCAUCAAUGGGUAAGAAGUCGCAAAAGAGGUUAUUAAAGAAAGUAGGGUUUGCUAGCCAAAAGACAAGGACCCUGUCUUCUAUUAGCACUGAGAAGAAACCCAAGAUUGAGAAUGGUGAUUCUAGUGGCUUGAUCAAAGAUAUUGGAGCCUCUCCUUCUCUUAGUUGUAUUCCUGUAAGAGUUGUUUUCAGUAGGAUAAAAGAAGCCCUGGGGGGUCCCGCCAAGGUUAUUGACCGGGACCCAUCAUAGAGAAGAAAAGAGUAUACAUAAUAGUCUCAAUCUCCAUUGGUCCUGGUCAGCGUGUUUCUCACUUUUAAAUUUCGAGUUGGAGGGGGACCAUUUGCUCACACACCACUAUAAGGAGUUUUUGGGUGUGGACAGGAAACAGGGCUCCAUUGUACUACUUGCUUGUUUCAUGCUCUCAUCUAUCCAAUGUAAUUGUAUUUUCAAAUAGGAAAAUCAUGUAACUUAAUUUUUUUGCUUCAAGAGAGAAUGGGCCGUAUACUGAUGUUCCCUUCCCUUCUUAGUUGAUAAAAACUGAUGUUCCAUUCUACUUUCGCAUAAAUUUGUAAUUUUAUCUUAGAUGGUUUGCAGUUGUUCAAGUUGUCGCCUAAAAGAAGACACU